CCCCCAUUAUGACAUGGGCUCACCCCAUUAGCGGCUCUAUGGGAGGAAGGCCGCGCGGCGCUGGAGCAGCUGCUGCGUUUCAUGGUGCACCCGGCCAUCUCCUCCAUCAACCUGACGGCCGCGCUCGGAUCCUUGGCCACCAUCGCCCGGCAGCGGCCCAUGUUCAUGGCUGAGGUCAUCCAGGCCUACGAGACCCUGCACGCCAACCUCCCCCCGACGUUGGCCAAGUCCCAGGUGAGCAGCGUCCGUAAGAACCUGAAGCUCCACCUGCUGAGCGUCCUGCGACACCCGGCGUCGGGAGAUUUCCACGCUCAGAUCACCACCUUGUUGGUGGAUCUGGGCACCCAACAGGCCGAGAUCGCGCGGGUGCUGCCCAUACACGGCAAUAGGGACGGCCGGAAACGCGGCCGCGACGACCCCGAUGCUGCCAUCAAGAAGAUCAAGUUGGGUGAGGGAGAAGCGUUAGCGGCGCCUUUGGGUGCUACGUUGGACUUUGGGUCCUUCCAUUGGCCUUUGGGUGCUCCAUUGGGUGCUGCGUUGGACUUUGGGUCCUUCCAUUGGCCUUUGGGUGCUCCAUUGGGUGCUCCAUUGGGUGCUGCGUUGGACUUUGGAUCAUCCUUGGUUGCUCCAUUGGCCUUUGGGUCCUCCAUUGGGUUCUCCAUUGGACUUUGGGUCUUCCAUUGGCACCCUUGGGUGCUCCAUUGGCCUUUGGGUGCUCCAUUGGGUCAUUCCAUUGGCCUUUGGGUGCUCCAUUGGGUGCUACGUUGGACUUUGGGUGCUCAUGUUGGACUUUGGGUCCUUCCAUUGGCCUUUGGGUGCUCCAUUGGGUCCUUCUAUUGUCCUUUGGGUGCUCCAUUGGCCUUUGGGUCCUUCCAUUGGCCUUUGGGUGCUCCAUUGGGUGCUACGUUGGACUUUGGGUCACCCUUGGGUUCUCCAUUGGCCUUUGGGUCCUUCCAUUGGCACCCUUGGGUGCUCCAUUGGACUUUGGGCCUUCCAUUGGACUUUGGGUCUUUCCAUUGGCCUUUGGGUGCUCCAUUGGGUUCUCCAUUGGACUUUGGGUGCUCCAUUGGGUGCUACGUUGGACUUAGGGUGCUCCUAUUGACCAUGGGUUCUCCCAUUGGCCUUUGGGUCUUCCAUUGGCCUUUGGGUGCUCCAUUGGGUGCUCCAUUGGCCUUUGGGUCUUCCAUUGGCCUUUGGGGGGCAAUAGGAAUGCCCUCCAGCCUAGAGGCGUCGUACUCAACAUCCAAGUUGAUAGCGGAUUAA